AGCUGCCUAUCCCUUUGAAGGAGCGUCGUGGGCUGCUCACUUAUAUUGGUCUUUACAGUAGUCGUUAAGCAGACUUUUCGGUACUCUUUUUGUUUCUUUUUGAGAUUUAGAUAUUUCAGCAUGUCUAGUUCAUCGGAGAGCCCAGAUUAGGAUGUCGGUCUCGACCUAAAGAAGCCUUGCACACCCGUUGCAAGCUGGAAUGAGAGCGAUCACCUGUUUACCAAGUUGUUUUCUGCAUGGGACAGUCUGCCAGCUUUCGAACCUGCCAACGAGACGGCGCUCCUCCUGGAGCUGGACCAGAUUAUAUCCGCAUUUGAUGCCUACAUUGAGCAUAGCGAUACAGGUUUUCGUGCCUGGGUUCGUCGACACCAGUGGGCAAUGGAGCAAGGAUUUACCGACAUCCCAACGUGGCCAAAGCUAUAUAAAGUAUCCAAAGCAGGUAUCGUCUGGCAAGACAAGAAAUGGGAAGAACGCUACGCAUAUUUAAUUCGGCAAAGGAACCUCAUUGCUACGAGCCGGUUGGAGUUUGUCAGUGGAUGUGGUGAGGGCGACACGCAGCGCUUUUUUGGAACACGUCAGGAUACCUCGAGACAUACGCUACCGGCAGCGCGAGGCAAACCCAUGCAACAGGGAGAUUUAUGGUAUCUGCCGUUGAACGCGCUACUGGCCAUCAUGUCGUAUACAUCGGCAUGGAAGCCUCCGGUGAAGGAGGUUCAGCGGCAGUUCUGGGGAGACUCGUACGCAGAGGCGUGUAGGGCACUGACUGCCGAUGUCGCGGAAAGCGAUCCAGAAUGAGGUAGCUAGCUACAACAAAAGCGGCAGAGCGAGGCCCUGUGUACAGUAGUAUUGGCACCCGAGGGGGCGGGAGGAUGGUCGUGUCAGAAGAAAACCAAUCUGACAUUUUCAGAGCUGACACGGGAUGAUCGUGCGCAAAGGUUUCAACCAUGUAACCAGACGGGUGGGCUGUGGCAGAAAGGCGCAUGGAGCCAAAGUAUAUUUAGACGUUUUAUUACGCCAACAAAUGCGAGCCUAAUUAUCAAGUAAUGUACGGCGAUCAUGGCCGCCUACGCUGAUGAAUGAUGUACAGCACAUGCUGCUGAUCCUUUUUUCUUUUGGUCUGUGUGUCUGUUCCCAGGGGAUGAGAGACGGACGGACUGAAAUUAGACGGAAUCCUUUCGCCACAGCCUGAUGCCACUGAGUCACGGCUUGUAAGCCAACCAGACAAGCGAUCAGACGAAGGAAUGCAGGGGCUUGCGGUCUUUUCUGUUGGUGGCGUAGACUAAAGAGACAAAAGAGACUGGCCAAGGUAUUUGCCAUAAGAUAGAAAAGCAACACCAUAGUAUAGCUCGAGUAAGCAGCACGCAACGAGCGGCAGCCGCAGCCGCAGUAGUACAACAGACGGAAAGGAACUAUGUGGAGCAAAGUUAUGCAUGCGCUAGCUCCAAAAAAACUCAACCCUAGACUAUUGUUCUGUUUAAGGUGGUGGUGGUGAUGGCAAAAGAUGGUGUGCUGGAGGUGUGGUGUGUGUGUGCCACGGCGUAAUGUUUUAGUGCUAUGCAUGCC